CUCCAUAAUAGAGAGUGAUCUGGAGUCUGAAAUUCGGUAUCCUACAGCAAUACCACCAUUGACACAAUUCCUUGCUGUGUUACAUUUUUUGGCAACAGGGUCUUACCAGCAUGUGGUGGGAGACCUGGUUGGCAUGUCGCAGGGCCAGUUCAGUAAGGUCCUGCGGCGUGUCUGCCAGGCUUUCCUCAAGCGUGUGAAGCAAUUUAUUGCUAUGCCUUUGGAUGUUGGUGCCCUAGAUGUGGUGAAGCGGCAAUUUGCGGAAGGUGGUAGUCGCUUCCCACAUGUUAUUGGGGUUGUGGAUGGCACACAUGUAGCUCUUCAGCCACCAAAACAUAAUGAAGAAAUUUAUAGAAACAGGAAACUGUUUCAUUCUCUGAAUGUAAUGGUUGUUUGUGGGCCAUCCCUCCAGAUCCUUUCCCUGAACGCCAAGUUUACUGGAAGUUCCCAUGAUGCGUAUGUCAUUAGACAAUCAGGGAUAUGGCACAGAUUAAGAUCAAGUCAACGAGCAGACAUGUGGUUAUUGGGAGACCGUGGAUAUCCUUGCACCCCCUGGCUCAUGACUCCUUACCGUAAUCCCAGGCCAGGACCACAGACGGCAUUUAACUCCGCGCUUACUGCCACUAGGCAGCUGGUGGAGCGCACAAUUGGGGUCCUUAAAGGGCGGUUUCGUGUGCUCCACCGCACUGGUGGCGACAUCAUGUAUUCGCCGGAGAUGGCAAGUAAAAUAGUGGUCCUGUGCGCUAUACUCCACAAUAUCGUGGUAAGGAGUAGCGUAGAGCUUCCUCAGACAGAGGAAUUGCCUGAUGAGGAGCCAGGGGUUGUCCGACACUUCGGUGGGGGGAGUGUUACAAGGAGGGGGAGCCAAGUCAGGGCAAGCAUUGUUGCUGAAUUUUUCAGCUGAAAGACCACACAAACUGAGGACGACCACAACGGCAAGCACCACAUGAUGCACCAGCUCAGCACCCUUCCCCUUCUCACUCCCCCUCCACUUCCCAGUCCCCCUCCCCUUCUCAC